GGGGGCAAGCCUGGUUUACCUUUGUAAAGUAUUAGUAACCUAUCACCCUUUUCAGAGUAAAUGAUAUCAAUAGCCGUAAUACCUGGGCACUGUUACACUGCACUGCAUCAGCAAAUUUGAAGUGUUGUACUAAGGAAGUGACUGUCCCCAUUUAGCUGUGGAAGUGAAUGAUUUGGCUGUGGUUGCUCAGAAGCUUGGCAGAGUUAGGGAGAUAAUCCCUGUUUCAUGCCUUCAGCUGCUUUUCCCUUUUCAGGGGGAUGCCAGAAAGCAUUAUGGACUUACACACCUAUAAUGUGUCAUUAUUUCCUAUCUGCUAAUUCCCCUGGACAUGAGAAAUGCAUCCUCAACCAAACAGGGUUUAAGCGCUGUCCUUGAUAUUUUGGGACCCUCCUCUGCCAUGGCUGCCCUUUGCAAGUUGCUCCUUGGAUAGGAUCCUGGUUGUCAGCAUGAAGGGAAGCGCUGCCCGCGGCGCGGCUGUCCCCUGUGACCGGUACAAGCACGCCUGUGCUGUCUGCAGAGGGGCUCUUUAUCUCUACGGAGGGCGCGGCAGCACCACGCUGAGGGACUUCUGGAGAUACCACACCGUGAAAAAUGAAUGGGAGAUGUUGGAUUGCUCAAGAGAUGGUCCAGAAGAACUGGAAGAACAUUCAAUGGUGGCUUAUAAGGGCAGCCUGUGUAUUUUUGGUGGGAUGGUGGAUUCUGCUUUCACCCAAGCAAAAACUCCUCUCUGGAUAUAUAACAUUGAUUCCGCAAGAUGGACACAGAGCUGCAACGAACCAGCAGAGACUGAGAGCUCUGCACCAGCUAACAGAAAAGGUCACAGUGCAGUCGUGUACCAUUCCAGCAUGUACAUCUAUGGGGGAUACUAUGGCAUCAAAGGCAUUUCUCAGGAGUUUUGGGAAUUCCAUUUUGACACAAGGAAGUGGUUGUGUAUCUCCAGCCCCUGUGACAGCAGCAGCCCCGGAGCUCGGCACGGCCACUCGGCAGUGGUUUAUCACACAGCCAUGUACCUCUUUGGGGGGCUGAUGGGGCUCACUGAACAGAGGGACUUGUGGAGGUGGGACUUUGGAAGCAGCAGCUGGUCCAGCAUCAAAACAAGCCAGGGACCUCCUCCAGUGGUAGGUCAUGCUUCAAUAGUCUGCAAGGACUCUAUGCUGGUUUUUGGUGGAGGGAUUUCAAAUUCCAGCCCUAAUGAUGACCUCUGGAAGUAUCAUUUCCCUACGCGGACAUGGAAGAAGCUUAGUAGUAUUACAAAGGGAAACUUUUCUCCUAAAAUGUAUCACUGCAUCUUAGGGAUUGGCAUGGAUUUCCAAACUAUCUCAGAAUUCGCUGAUACAUUUCCCAGCCACUUCAAGAAUGAGCACAAGGACCGUCCCCUGCUGGUGCCCAUCCCGAGGCACUCUGGCUUUUGCAGCUACUUCUGCCCACAGCCCCCGGAGCGGAGCAACGCCAUCGAAAUGAAAACCUUCAGCCUGCCCCUGGAGCCAGCGGAAUUCCCUGCCUUCCAGACCACUUCGGAGGCAGGACUAGGCCCAAACAGGGUCAGGAGCUGUUUGUCCAAGGACAAGUCUCUCCAUCAGCUGGCCUGUUCGGGAGAGGCUUUUGCUGCUGCUCAGUCUGUGGGUGAAGAGGAGAGAACCGGCUGUGGGUGUGCGGCCACGGGGGGUGAGAUCAGCAGUACCAACACACUGCUGCUCGUCGGGGGCAAACCUUUGUCCAGCUUCUCUGAGAUCUCCUUCAGGCAAAUAGAGUUUGAUUGCAUGUGACUGCUUUGCUUGCAAAGUGAAGGAAUAAAUUCCCACCACCGUGGCAGUAGGUGGAAAACCAACUGCUUGCAACUGUCUUCAGUUUCCUAUCAGCACACUGGGGAAAAAAAUAAUUAAACCUUCUCAUACUUGCUGCGAACAGAUUUUUUACAAUGU